AUCACAGAAAUGGCGGAAGGGCCAAGGGCUCGUAUCUGAGUAAGCCCGGGGACACUCACGAAUUUGCCGGAAAGAUUUAAUUUGGGCAGUGCGCAGUUAGCAUGCUAUAGUGUCUGUACGAUGCCCUGUACGACAUACACAUACGUGUAGCAUAACAAACAGUGCUGUCCGCACAUGUUCCCCCGAAACCCCCUUGCUUUACCCCAGCGAGCUGAACAACCGUUAGCGCAGGAGACAGCAAGCUCUACGGCGUUUCAUAUAUUUAGGAAACGGGAGACGAGCGAAGGUAUCUGGCGAACUAAAAGCAAAGCACAUUCUGGAAAGAAAUGACGACACUUGCAAUGCAGUAACUCCCGCUGUCGCUUUCCGUUUCACUAGAAAUAACAGAGGGAGGACAGAAGUUUUGUAAUUGGACUCCAAGAGGAUAGAGUGGAGACAGAAGGGCCUGUGAUUGGUCAGAAUUUGGGGACUGAUUCAAGCAGCUAGACCAAGACAGGACUACUCACCAGCUCAGUCAGAAACAGCUGAGGGGUCUGCUCUGAGGUGGAGGUCCAAUCUGGCACAAACUCCAUUACCCAGCAGGCUCAGCCACAGCACCAUCCUUGUGCUUUCAGCCUCUGGAAAUCACCUUUCCCACACACACAGCCAAUCAAGUGUUAAUCAGUUAAAACAGUUUUAAAAAGCUAUGGAGAGCAGCCCCGUCCCCCAGACAGAGAGGGACCCCUCGGGGAUCAGCUGCGACCCCAGGGAAGAGUGGUCGGAGAUACGGGGGAUUGGCGGCCGUGCGGAGGAUAAGGAGGAGCAGGAGCAGGAGGAAAAGGAGGCGCAGGGGAGUGCAGAGGAAGAGGAGGAGCAGGAGAAAACAGGGAGCGGAGGAAGGGCCAGCGUGGAGGAGGAGAGCGGUGGGGGAGGGGGCUACGCCUGUGGGAUCUGCGGUUUCCAUGCAGGGGACGUCCGAGGACUCAGCCAGCACCUGCACACCGUCCAUCCCGUCUCCAGCCUGGCCGCACUGAGCGUGUGCGAGGAGCAGCCCAUGUCCCAGGAUGGGGGGUCGUUGUCAGUGGUGACGGACAGUGAUCCCGGCAGUGUAACACGGAGCGAGCUCGAGGAGGCGGGACCCAAAGAGGGAGGGGCGCGGCCAGACAGCGACUCUCCUGUCCUUAGCCAGGGGUGCCCCCCCCGGCUGCCCCCCCUGCCCCCCGGUCACUCGGACAGCGAGGGCAGCAGCGAGGGCGGGGCAGGCUCGGGCCAUAACCGCGCGGCCGUGGUGUGUCUCCCCCUGGUGGCGGAGGGGCUGAAGCUGGUGUGGACGCGCUCGGACCAGACGCAGGAGCUAGACGGCGUGCCGGAGCUGGUGCAGGCCUUCAACGCCUUCCCCUACCCCACGGCGGCGGAGGCGGGGGCGCUGGCGCGGGGGUGUGGCCUGCCGCUCGACGCCGUCAGGGUGUGGUUCAUGGUGCAGCGCGUGCGCUACGGCAUCAGCUGGGCGGGCGAGGAGAUCGAGGAGACGCGCCGCAAGCUGGCCGCCAUCCAGGGCCUCCGCCCACCGCUCCCCAAACAGGAGGAGGAGGGGGACCAGGAGGAGGUGGAGGAGGAGGAGAUGCGCACUUACUCGCCCAAGUUCUGGGGAAGCGGCGACGGGCAGCGGGGGAUGGGCGGAGUCACGGGCGGCGGCGUGCGGGACUUCCUGUUCCGGCGGACCCGGCCGCUCUACCUGUCGCGAGGCCGCCGCCCCCUGGCGCUGAGGCGGGGGCUGGACCCCGCCCCCAGCCCUCUGUUCGUGGUGGCGCCGCCUGGGCUUGGCGGGCAGGGGCGGGGCAGGAAGUCGCGGCUGCAGCUCCGAGCCCUGCGCCGCAGCUUCCUGCGGGAUAACUGGCUGUCGGAGGCGGAGCUUCGGCGGCUGCAGGCGGAGACCGGCCUAUCCCGCGGCGAGGUGCGCAAGUGGUUCAGCGACAGCCGCUACCAGCUGAGGAGCAACGGGCAGCGCCCGCCGCAGGGGGCGGGGCAGGAACACGCAGCAGGGGGCGGAGCUGAGGACGGCCUGCUGGACAGCAGCGUGGAGGAGGACAUGGUGGUCUCCGUGGAGAGCCCCAGGACGCCGCCCGCAGACAGCGCCGGCGUUUGGGCGGAGCGGGGCGGAGAGAAGGCGAAGGUGCUGAAGCAGGAGGACUCUCCACUGGAUCCGACGUCCUGCCUUGCCUCCUCGUCCCCGAGCCCGGUCCUCCUGACCAGCAGGGGGCGCCUGCGCAAGACCAAAGAGCAGCUGGCGGUGCUGAAGCAGUUCUUCCUGCGCUGCCAGUGGCCCACCAGCGAGGACUACACGCAGCUGGUGCAGCAGACCCGCCUGCCCCGCCCCGACGUCAUCCAGUGGUUCGGCGACGCCCGCUACCGUGUGAAGAACGGGAACCUGCGCUGGGUGCGCAGCAAGCGCGAGCACGACCAGAUCAUGGCGGAGAUCGCCCACGGCGACCGCCGCAGGAACAUGGAGAAUGGGGGCGGAGCCACCGACGUGCCGGCUCCGCCCCCUGCGGGCGCCCGGGGCGUGGCCGAGCCGGCGGCGGCGGAAAAGGCCAAGAGCGCGGCGGGCGGGACGGACAUCCGGCCGCUGGAGCUGUUCUGGAGGCAGACGGGGGCGGAGCCUGGAGAGGCCGAUCUGAGCGCGCUCUGUAGGAAGUCGGGCAUGAGCGCGCAGCAGGUGCGCGACUGGUUCACCUUUCAGGAGAGCGGCAUGGCGGAGGUGGAGGUCAACAUCAGCGACUGAGCACCGCCUCCCCCCUCCCCCCACAGCCCUUCCUAUCUCUCUGCCCCGUGUCACCUGAACAAGGUGUGUGUGUGUGUGUGUGUGUGUGAGAUAUCACUCAAUGAUCAACCCAGGUUAUUUCUUAUGAAGUGAUUUUUGCAGGUGAGCACUUAUUUAUUUAUUUUUGUGUUUUUAAGGGCAUACCGCUGCCAUUAUAGCCAUUAUAUUACACAGUCCCGAGGUCCUCAUCUGUGGGGUAAACCUUGACAAGUUCACAUUCGUGUUUCGCUCUUUCCUUGGUGGCCAGAACCCCUGUUGAUUUGUCUGCAGUGUUGGAGGGAAAAUGUUCUGUGUGAGAGGGGGAAUGGUUGUCUUAUUUGGGCGGGGGGGGGCUUAGCAGCUUUUGCACCAAAAUGACUUCGCACAAUUUUGCAUUAUUGACAGCUCGUACUCCUUUCACUUAAUUCAUAUUAGAUUAUUUACCAAUCAUAUGUAACUCGUGUUGCUGAGUAUAAAAUAUGAUUUGUGUGCAACUAAGUUUAUUGUGUUUUUAUUAAAUUCAGUGUUUUGGAUUGUAAAUUCAGACAGAGCAUAUUUCACUUUCCACUCCAUAAAACAAAACAAAAAUGAA